AUGGGCGAGGAGAUAGAUAUUUUAUAUACAGACAUGUCCAAAGCAUUCGACAGAAUCAACCACAAAUUGCUGCUAGCAAAAUUAAAGCAUGCUGGUCUUCCCUACUCCUUUCUGAGGUGGACGUCAUCCUACAUAUCAAACAGGCGGCAACAAGUAACAGUUUUAGGAGCAACCUCGCAGUCACUUUCCGUGGUCUCGGGUGUCCCUCAAGGUUCCAUCCUCGGUCCGAUUCUUUUCUUGAUUUACUCCAAUGACAUUCUCUCAACUUGCGAAAAGGGGGCAAUGUACGCCGAUGACCUCAAGUGUUACAAACCCAUUGCUUCUUUACAUGAUGCGAAUUCUUUCCAAUCUGAAAUUAACUCGGUAUGCUGUGCAACUCAAAAUUGUCUACUGGAUUUUAAUGAAUCUAAGUGCUCGGUUCUGCGUAUCUCCCGUAAAGUGAAUAGAAUCGAGCACUCUUACCAAAUUAAUGAUUCGGUAUUACCUACGGUCAACAAAAUCAAAGAUCUUGGAGUACACAUUACAUCAAAUCUGGAUUGGACGGAACAUGCGUACAACGUCAGCAAAAAAGGGAACAAAAUGUUGGGAUUACUUAAGCGUUGUACCGUAGCAUUUCAAUGUCGUGAAACAAGACGUUUGCUCUAUCUUACACUU